UCAUGGGUUUGUGGGCGUUGACCGAAGGCUGCACAUGUUAAGUGUGGCAUGAUGUUUCCCCCAUUCUGUCACACGUGUUGAAACAACUGACCCCGUGUCGUUCAAGUGUUGCAUGCAUAGCAAUAUCAGUAUGUCAGAAGUAGCUGUCCUAGUUUGAGUGCUAAAAGAUUGAUGCAAAACUGAAAGAUAUUUACCCCAAAUGGAUUACCAUAAUAAAGGUUGCACAAGAAUGUUUAGGGGUGUAAGUAUGCCAGGCCAAGGGUACAUGGUCAUAGUUAAAGCAGAAAAGGAAGUUUACAUGUGAGAGAUAACCUUUCCCAUGCAGGUAACCUUUUCAUAUAACUUUAUUAUCUCCAUUAGAAGUAACCCUUUCUCAUGCAGAAGCAGAGGCCUGCAGAAGUGCAGCAUUGGUGCCAGAAGCACCAUGUCACAAGUGCUGGGUCAGCUUUGUGCUCAGGUGGCUGGGGACACCUUUGGACCAGUUGUGAAGUCUGUGGUGAAGUACCUCUUUGUGGCUGGCACACGCCCCCUUAUGGCCAUCGUAGUCAACUCACCAUACCAGCGCAAUGAGGUCAAGCUGGCGGUGCAGGUGCUGCUGCAGCACCACCUGGUGACGUUCGGUGUGGCUCGCACGGGGGCAGCCGACUACACCCUGCACCCGCAGCGGGUGCUGCUGCUGCUGAGAUACUCCAGGUUCCUGCUGCUGAUCAGGACGCGCUUCGGUAGUCAACAAGAGGUGCUGCUAGAUGAGCUGUUGCGGCAAGGGCAGGACACCGCCUUCAACAUCGUUGUUCGUGCUACCAAACGGAUCAACGAAUCUAUGGAAGAGGGCGGCAAGGCCGUGCCGGCAGCAACCAUCCGAGACAAAUUCCUCGAGAUGGUUCGCGGCCAGUACUUCCAGCGCUGCGCCACGGUGGCACCGCCUGCCGACGCGACUGCAGCGCCACCUGCAGACGCGACGGUGGCGCCGCCCGCGGAGGGCGUGCCGCAGUUGCUGGAGGUGGAAGGCGAGCGGGCUUUCGCGCCGCCGCAGCUGGACAUGGGGGUCGUGCAGCGGGCCGUGGACGGAAAGCCUGGCAGGCCGCCGCCACCCGACCCGGUCAGGUGGCGGGUCAACUUCUCCCGGCUGGACGAGGAGUUCAGGGACCAGCUGGUGCUGCACUCGGUGUCGCGCACGUGCGGCGAGCCGGCGGCGGACGUGAUGCGUCACCUGAUGGCGCUGGCGGCGCAGGCGAGUCCCGCCUGGGCACCCACCUCCAACCCGGUGUCGCUGACCGAGCUGAAGGACCGGCUGGCGCGGCUGGCCGGCACCGUGCACGCUGACGCCGUCAGCUACAGCGAGCAGUACGUCCGCAUCAUGAGCGAGGGCGAGACGCCCUAUCUGUCCCGCUACGGCGACGCCGGCGGCGGCCAGUACGUGCUCAACAUGAAGCGCAUCCUCCAGAACUUUGGCUGGGCCGUGGCCGAGAACGUGGUGCAGGAGCGGUUUGGCUCGCGCGCCGGCCGCAUCUUCCGCCUCAUCCGGGCCAAGCGGUACGUGGAGCAGGACAAGAUCCACGAGUGGGCCAUGAUCCCGCCCAAGGAGGCCAAGCUGCUGACCUACCAGCUGCACCGGGCCACGUUCGUCAACGUGUGUGACCUGCGGAAGCCGGGCCAGCAGGUGACGCCCGGCCGCGUCGUCAUCCUCUUUCACCUGGACGCCAACCAC